UCCUCCCCCUCCUCCCCCUCCUCCUCCUCCCUAAGUGUACGGACAGCAUCACAUCACCUGGUUUGCUUCUGAGAAACAGCCUCUCUCCUUUUCAAGGGACCAGAGACUCAAGAGAAAGGAGACGUUCUCAUGGAGUCGGCUUGAUACCCCCAAAAUAAAAUAAUAAAUCUUAGCGCUUGUCCCCUCCCCCGCACCCCCCGCAACCCUAUGUGAGAUGUUGGGUUCCUUCUUCAUGAGACAUUGUUGAGAAGUCGCAGUGGUUGGAGAGGCGUAGGGGGUAGACUACCUCUAGUCCCCCCCCCUCCCGCCCGCCCCCCCCCUUUUUUCUCUCUGGGAGAAGGAGGAGGGGAAGGGGGCUUGCAGAGCAAGCGAUGGAUGAGGAAAACAUGACGAAAAGCGAGGAGCAGCAGCCUCUGAGUUUGCAGAAAGCCUUACAGCAGUGCGAGUUGGUCCAAAACAUGAUAGACCUGAGCAUCUCCAACCUGGAAGGGCUUAGGACCAAAUGUGCUACCUCCAACGACCUCACACAAAAAGAAAUCCGGACCCUGGAGAGCAAGCUGGUGAAGUACUUCAGCCGUCAGCUGUCCUGCAAAAAGAAGGUGGCCCUGCAGGAACGCAAUGCCGAGCUGGAUGGCUUCCCCCAGUUGCGGCACUGGUUCCGGAUCGUGGAUGUGCGAAAGGAAGUCCUGGAGGAAAUCACGCCGGGCCAGCUGAGCCUGGAGGACCUCUUGGAGAUGACGGACGAACAGGUGUGUGAGACGGUGGAGAAAUACGGAGCCAACCGGGAGGAGUGUGCCCGCCUCAAUGCCUCCCUCUCCUGCCUCCGGAAUGUCCACAUGUCAG